AUGGAUACGUGUGUGUUAGAUGAUGAUGAUGAUGAUGAUGAUGAUGAUGAUGAUGAUUAUUAUUAUUCAGAAUAUAAAAUCCUACAGGGGCCAAAAAUUAUGGAGUAUUUGAAUGAGGUUACAGAAGAUAAAAGGAAAUACAGGAAAUGCAGAGACAAGAGACCAAUGACUCCGUGUUUGGCCUUGAUGAUUCUUCUGGCUUCAUUCAACGUCGCAGAAGGAGCCUUGGUGUCCCUAGGAUGCCUCAAGGAAAACGCAACUCAGCCCACCUUCACCGUGACCCCGACAGGUUUAUCGGAAGGCUUCAGGGCCGCGGACUGCGUAGGGGCCUGCCUGAAGGAGGGUUUUCGCUACUCCAGCAUAAGCGAAGGACUCUUUUGUUUGUGUGGGAGCGUUGCUCCCACCGGCUUAUCCAAUUCUUCGGCGGCCUGCGAUCUCACCUGCACCGAUGGACAGGCCUGUGGCAAUGCAAAUGGCCAAACUGGAGUAGGACUUAACGUCAAUUUAACUUACACAUCCACAAACGAAAUCUUUGCCAUCGACCUCGGAUACAGCGAUGCUGCUAUCUACGCGAAUUCUCCAGGGCUGUCAACUGCCAAAAUUUACUUCCUCAAGGAACACACGGCGACAGUGUGCGGAUCAAUUCCUGGAGUCAACAAAGAGCUGUGUCAGGCUGUGAAUUUCAAUGUUACUUCGGACAGUUCCAGCGUUGAUGUUGUUGGAUGCCCAGUGGUAGUGGAUCCAGAAGUGGAAUACAACUGUAGUAUUGAACUGACACCAAAAACCCAGUUCGAGCCUUUUACUGGGACUUUCAGUGACGAUUCACUCCUUAAUACUUUCUAUGGCCUAGGAAACGAAUUCGAAUAUUUCGGGAAUCCUCCACCCAUGGGCAUCAGCAAUGGGGUGGCCCCGGGAGCGAAUUCAACGAGCCCCAUCGUCCUCCAACGCUCUCCCUUGACCUUCGAGGCUGAACUGGUGGCGCUUGAACUGUACGUCAAGGCUUCGGCUGGAGCAAAUUUGACGUACACUAUUCAGAUCAGUCGACCCAGCUGCUCCGUCGGGGUGUACUGCCUGCCCGUCAGCGGGUGUAGCAGCUCAUGCCCAAUGGAUACGACCGGGCAGAUCAACACCUGCGCUGCCCCUAAAGUGUUCUGCCCGGAUUUAACAACAUGUGCCACUAGUACAAGUGUCACCACGUGUGCAGCCUCUCAAGGAGCACCAACGUGGACAGCCGUCCCUGGAACGACAGUAACAGGCGCCCCUGGCGCCGAAGGGUUCUACAGAGGUGUAAUUUCCCCUCCUAUCCCGCUCCUGAUCGGUGACGUCAUCCAGGUCACCGGGACUAUCGGUAAAAGUAAACUGAAAACAACACCCGGAGACAAUGUAGGGGGUGUAGCUACGAAUUCCCAUCACUACGCAGCGGCUAUAGUGAAGAAGAAAUCUCCUGUGAAAAUGACUCACACUUGUACAGUAGUCAACCAGAAUGUUACGCUGGAAGUAGCCAAUCAGGCAGGAAGUUCGACAAUGAGCAACACGACAGCUUGCGAAAGGACAAUAACGGAUAUCGCAAUGUUUGUGAACCAAACUAUAACCGAUACCUACAAUUCUUCCCUCAAUAUUGAAAGCCCGUUUUACAUAAGGACUGAUGCAGACGCCAUUUUCACAGCCAACUUUAGCGUAGCCGGCCCGAUCGAGUUCAACUUCGCGUUCAGCCCUACGUUCAAUGACCCUCAUACGAUAGUGAACACGGGUGACUUUCCGUACACGGGAACGAAUUACCACCUGUACUACGCCCUCCAGGUAUCGGUACCGGCCGUCUACACAGUCACGGUAACGGCCUGGAACACACACAACCUCCUGACCGGUCCAAUGACCGGUAUACCGGUAACGGUUAUCGUACAAAACCCCGUCCUAGCAACGUGGACCGUCGCUCCCGGAAAAACGUUUUUCGUCACGCCAACAGAAGUGGCUAACAUCAUCUUCAGCGAGACUACCGGAGCCGUUUUCCCGACGUCUGCGAAGCUUACGAUUGACUGGGGCGACGGAACUGGCGUUCAGGAACUCGGUUUCACAGAUCCCGGUAAUCUACAGCCUCAGUUUACGCAUCCUUACGCCGAGGGUGGAACUUUCACCGUCAAUGCUACGAUUGCCAAUGAUGUCUCACGGGUUACCGUGAGUUGCGAGGUGACAAUAGAGGAACUCAUCCAAGACUUCAACAUAACCGUGAAAUACCCUUCGAAUCCCACCUCCACCUACGACCUAUUAGGCGGCUUUGGACCAGAAGGAAACCAAUUCCCGUCCGAGACGAACCUCACUUUCAUCCCCUACAUGACAACAGGAACCGUAGACAUGUUCACCUUAUACUUCACCGAGAACGGAACUAUUCUGCAGACUGUAAACGUUUCAAACCAUCUUAAUCCCACCGCUACGACUAUGAUGUACAGCUUUUCUGAGGACGACACAUACAACCUCACAGUCAAGGCUUGGCGACCGGACGAGGAGGCCACAUUCGACUUUUCCAUCAUCAUCAUAACAGCCGUCACGAAUCUUCGUAUAGACGAUUAUUCCAUCGUGGAUCCUAAGGUGCAGUAA